UCCAGUCCAAAAUACAAACAAAAUUUACAAAACACAGUUUAUUUCAUUCGAAAUAUUCAAAUUAUAUCAGAAAGCUUUGAAAAAUGAGUCGAAACAAUUUUUGCUCCUAGUUGAGUCGCCGAAGCAGAAAUUUUGCCAACACUAUGGCAGAUUCGUCCGAACCAACGUCGAUGGAUUUUUGCUCCUUUGUGCGGGAAUUGAACCAGACAGCGCAAAUCGACUAUGCGAGCCCCAUCGGCGGCAACAGCAGUAGCAGCAGCAGCCGGAACUGCUGUCCUCCCGAAUCUCGAUUGUCUCAGGAGUUUGAAAACAAGAUGCAACUGCUCCUUUUCAAUUAUGAUUUGGACAAUGAGAAUGAUGUCGCAAUGGCGGGAAUUCCAGUACUACAAACAGUCCAUAGUGAAACGGAUCAGGAUGUGAAUGACCAGCUUCCUAGCGACAGUGCCUUUCCGAAGAACAUAGGCAGUCAUGAUAACUCCCUGGAAACUACGCUAGAUAACGAGGACGAUCCGCUGGAACUGACGGGCGAGGAGGAAUGCGAUGACAGUGGAGAUGCAGGCGACGGUGGCAGUUCCGAUGAACAGCAACAAUCGAGGUCACUUUCACUAUCCUACUCGCUAUCCAUCUCACAUGCACAGGAAAACUUCUCCCAGUACUCGCAAAGCACCGACAAGGGACUCUCAAAGAGGUACGACUCACCUUGCUCGUACGAAGAUGAUCGGGAAUCGGAAUGUACCAAUUUCGACAAAUUGGACGAUUGGAAUGACUUCAUAAACGACAUGCAUAACAAUAACAAUAACGGAGACAGUGGCAACCGAGAUUUUAAAGAAUACUACGACGAAUAUCUAGCAUCCAAAAAUCUCCAAGAGAACGACGAUGAAGACGAGCCAACGGAAGAGUCUAACACCAAAGAAGAAACUGACACCAUCGGUAAAACGCUAGAAGAUAUCGCGAAGGAUAAUUCAUUGGAUUCUGUGGAGGAAAGUUGGGACUAUCGCUCGGAUACUCCAGCGUUCCCAAGGCAUACAUCAGCAAUGGACAAAUGCCGUUCGUUUCUCGAGUACCGAAACCCUUCCACCGAAAUUGAAGAUGAUUCCAUGGACGCCGAAGGCAACGCGAGCUCGACCACGGCGGACCCAAUCCAAAGGGUACCGUCCUGUAAACGUAAGUUCCGCUACGAUGAUCUAGACGAAAUUGAAUACGAGGUAACCAAAGUAGUGACUGAGAAGUUCCUCAAAACGGACGCCGUACCGUUCCACGGUUGCCAUGUGCCGAUAUCGCAGAUCGAUGAUGAGCUGUUUGCGCAACUGGUGCGUAUUGAAUCUUUUAGCACGACUCCAACUCCAGUGAAUGCCGCGGAACAUCUGAACAACAACGAGCCCGAAUGUAGCGAAACGGAUGACGGUGAGAAAGAUGAAACCGAAUCGACCACCGCGACUACUCCCACGAACGCUAGAAAUUUGGAGCAAAUGUUCCAAACAUUUGAAGAUGAUGCCCAUGCUGGAUCAGACGUCGGAUACCAAAGACUCCCGAACAAGUCAACCACAAACAAGAGUGCAAUCGAACGCAUUUCUUCCCCGUUUCAUCAUUUGAGUCGCUCGCAUCUAGCACCGGUUGCUAACAGUGAUAGCGACUAAAUUAUGUUGUAUGUAUUUACUUGGUUUGUUUUUUGUUUGAUCUCUAUUGUUAGAAUUUCGGUUUUGACGAUGUUUUGUUUGUUGGCAUCAGUAUUCUUUCAUGAAUUAUAAAUUCAUCGAAUUGGAAGUAUCUAGUCUUUGAACCGUUAAAUCGGUGACAUCAGUUUCUGAAUCAAAUAUUAGCUAUGAAAGAUUCGUGUAGCAAUGAGCUGAAAACUGUCAAGGAUAGCUAACGAUCAAAUUUUGCUCAAACGGAUUAUUUAUAUCUCUUAUUACUAAUCGACUAACUUUAUUUGUUGGAUUGCAAGUUUAACAAUUUAUCGAAAACCAAAAAUGAUCCCAGUGAAUGCUUUUUUUUAUCUCAAUUUGCAAUGCUCGAUAUGUGUGUGGAAUUCUGAGUUUAUACAACUCACUGAUAGAAGUAAGCAAUCCUCACCUGUACCUAGUAAACCUGGUAGACCAGUAGAUAUAAAACCGGAUAAUAUAGACUCAGUGCAAAAAGAACAGAAAACGCAAAGAUUAAACCUAACAGACUCAGUUUCUAAACAAACCUUAAAGACUUAGUGAAAUAUAUUAGCUAAAUAAAUGG